AUGGCAGGUACACAACUACACACGGAAAGCAUGGACAUCCCGGCUGAACCAAUAAAACAAGAGGCAGAUCAUAUUGAUGAUGAGGAAAUACAAUAUGAAGUCAAAUUUGAAACUCAGACUGAAGAAAUGGAUGGACAGGAUGACGAUAACCCAUUCGAAAAUGUUCAAUUACAAGUCAAACAAGAAGAAAUCUCUUUAACCAUAGAGAGAGAAACUACUGACUCUCAAAGUGACGAAGCCGAUGAAACCAUAAAUGAUGAAUAUAAUCCCAAAGAUGAUCAGUAUAUCACUAUACCGAAGUUUGAAGCAGGCUGUGAUGAGAAAUCUGAAGUCAAAGAAGAAACAGUACUAGGUGAUUCGCUAGUCACGUACGACUAUCCUAGUUUUGAAGAUGACGAUCAGGAUAAUACUGAUGAUGAUGAUGACGGUGGUGGUGAACUUGAUAGUAGCAUGGAUAGUAAUGACGCUGCUGCACUGACCAGAGUUGAGGCUUGCUUGCAGGACGAGCUUGGAAUAAAGAAUGAAGACUGUAUUCCAGAGGAUGAACAAAAAGAAGAACACAAGCUGAACAUCAAAGAGGAAUCUGAUGUAACAGUCACAGAAACACACUUGAUAUCAAACAAAUUGAUUAACACCACAUCAACUGUCACGAAUACAUACGAUGGCUUAAUCGAAUCACAAACUACGAAAACCCUUGUCAUGGAAAUACUACCCGUGACACAUACAACGAAUUUGCCGUUCUCAAAAAUGUCCAACCCUGAAAAAAUUCUGCCAACUACCUACGAUAAUGAUGACGUAUACCUAGAUUAUCAAGACUCUUUUCAGCUUAAUUCCAUCACCGGCAACGUUCUGUCCUUAGAGCAGGAGGCAUACGGUCUCCUAAAAGCAAAGAGGAAAAAGAAAGACCCAGGGAAGCUGCAUACAUGUCCAAAAUGUCCUAAAGCAUAUUCAAAGAAACACAGUUUGAAAUUGCACUUAGAUGUCCAUGCUUCUAUUGAAAAGAGGGCACUGGGUUUUAUCAAAGGUCAGAAAACAAGAAAAGAAAAUCGCAACAUGAAGCUUAAAGAAGCCAAAAAGCAAGAAGAAAGGGUCAAAAAAGAAGGUUAUGAAUGUACUUGUGGCGAAAUAUUUCGGAGACGAAGUAGAAUGGAAACGUGUCUUCGAUCUCACAAUAUGUAUAUAGAUACUAACUCGUAUCCUUGUGUGACAUGUAAGAAACAGUUUAAGAAUAAAGAAGAAUUAGCAUUGCAUCGUAAAAGGCUUCACAGAAAACGAUUCCCUUGUAAAUUCUGUCCCACAGACUAUAAUACUCGAAAGGAAUUGUUCAAACACCUCCAAGUCCAUCAGAAAGUACAGCUAAUGGAGUAUAAAGUUAUUUCUGAAGUUGUCAAAGGUAACCAGAAAUUGAAAUGCUUUAUGUGUUCUAAAACAUUCAAGGAGAUGCCAGACUUAAAGUCCCACGUAAUGGAUGAUCACAAAGAACCAUACAGUUGUCCGCGAUGUAAAAAAACCUUCUCAAAAAUCAUCGACUUUGGCAACCACACUAAAACUUCUCAUCCAGAGGUCGAAGGCCAAUCCGUGUUAGACGUUCUCGAAGCUUUUUCCAAGUUAGUUAAAGCUUGGAAAUGCGAAGAAUGUGGUCUGCAAUUCCAUGAAGCAGAUAAGCUGGCCUUGCAUCAGGUAGAAAAACACAGUCCUGACGUGAAAUCUGAGUCACAGUUCCAAUGCACAGAUUGUCGUAGAGUAUUCAUAAGUCAGAAGGGUCUUACGUCUCACAGAAGAGUCCAUCAUAGUACUGAAAGUUUAGUAGAGACAGAACCGGUCGACACAGGAGUCAUGUGUUUAGAAUGUCGAAAGAUUUGCAAAGAUAUGAACGCCCUGCUUUCUCAUAUGCGAUUCCAUUCGCCAGAUAGAAAGUAUCCAUGUAAAUUCUGUGAUUUUCGUUUUGCAACUCCUGAAAAGCGAAAAACUCACGCAGAAAUCCAUACCGGUGAUAUGAAGUACGUUUGCUUUAUUUGUGAAUAUCAGUGCAGCUCUGAAAAUCGCUUAAAACAACACAAAAUAUCCGUAAAACAUUUAAAUAUGAAAGAGUUUUUAUUGACUGGUAAACCUCUAAUAGAAGAGGAACAGUCUACUUCUAAACAGGGGAAGAUAAAAGACACUUCAAAGAAGAAAGAGUGGGUGGUUAAAAAGAAGAGAAAAAAGGAAUCGACUGAGACUUCGGAGUGUAGUGAAGUGUCCUGUGAUAUCUGCGGGGAUAAGUUCCCGAACGAAAGUGUAAUGCUAGAACAUAAACAAACUCAUCCUUUUAUCGAAUUCCCAAACGAGGAUACACCGAGUAGAAUAUUUUUUAAGUAA